CAUUUUCCACUUAACCAUAAAUUGACGACACUGACAUAUACGUCAGUAUCAGUAAUUUUGUGUCACUAAAAUAAAAUAUUCAUGAAAAAAUCUAUUCUUAAUGAUAGACUCCACCUGUGAUUGACUAUUUUUUCUAAUUUAUAUUAUAAUCAAUCCAAAAAUCAUUUAUUUCAGCUAUACAAAAAAUAAAACUUAUACUGAAGACAUAUGUUUCCAAAUAAAAGCUCUAAGUGAAGGAAUAAAGGAUUUAUAAUGCAAUGCUACCUAGAAGGAGACGUAUCGGUUCAGAGAAUGAGCCCUUCGUUCUAGGAGGUCAAUCGUCUUGGUACCAACAAAAUACUUUUUCUUCAGGGGGAUACCCUAAUAAUGUUACAGACGAUUUUCUUAUAGAAGAUUCCAUUGAACCAGAACCAGUUAUGGCGGCAAGAGAUAGAACUGGUGAAUUUGUGAAUACUGUUCAAACAUUACAAGGACGGAAUAUUAUCAGAGCAGUGUCAGCUCAAGAUCCAAAAAAAUCAAGAGCUAUACAGAGUCAUUCCGAGUUUAUGUUGGUGGCUAAGAAUGUAGGAAGAAAUAUAACAAGCACAUAUGCAAAAUUGGAGAAGUUAACACUAUUGGCAAAACGGAAGUCUUUGUUCGAUGACAAAUCUUUAGAAAUACAGGAACUGACAUAUAUGAUCAAAGGGGAUUUGAAUAGUUUGAAUCAACAAAUAGCUCAGCUACAAGAAGUGUCUAAAAGACAGAAACAUCAUUCUCAUGGAAAACAUUUACAAUCACAUUCGAGCAAUGUUGUAUUAGCAUUGCAAUCUAAAUUGGCUAGCAUGUCAACACAUUUCAAACAAAUACUGGAAGUUAGAACUGAAAAUUUAAAACACCAAAAAACUAGAAGGGAACAAUUUUCUCAAGGUGGUCUACCACCUCCAUCUAGUGGGCCAACACAAGGUAGCUUAUUGCUACAAGAAGAAAAUCAAGUUAGUAUCAAUUUAGAAAAUGCAAGUCUUAUCCCACAACAACAAAAUCAAUUGCAAGCCGCCUUGAUGUAUGAUGAAACAGAUAAUUAUUUGCAAAAUAGAGCUGAAACCAUGCAAUAUAUUGAGUCUACCAUUGUCGAGAUAGGAGGAAUUUUCCAACAACUAGCACAUAUGGUGAAAGAACAGGAAGAAACUGUUGAAAGAAUUGACUCUAAUGUAGCAGAUGCAGAAUUGAAUAUUGAAGCAGCUCAUGCACAGAUUGUUAAGUAUUUCCAUUCUGUAAGCUCCAAUAGGUGGUUGAUGAUUAAAAUAUUCGGAGUACUUAUUAUGUUCUUCAUUUUCUUUGUUGUAUUUCUAGCAUAAUUGGUGAUGUUCAGUUUUAAAUAUACUAUUAAAAUGUAAAUAAUUUUAUACAUAUAAUCCCUUGAAAGAGUUAGAUGAAAUUAUUUAUAUAAGUUAUCUAUUGAUUUAUUGGCAGAUUUUAUUCACAGAAUAAAAUAAUUUUUCUGA